CCGCACUGUUCUCUGUAAACCCCUCAUCAAUCCCCAUAGUUUGCAAUUCAGCAAAUAACGCCCAUCAUGACCGAACAAGUUGCCUGGGUUGGACUCGGGAAUAUGGGCCGGGGCAUGGUCCGCAACAUCGUCGAGAAAUAUCCGCUUCAAUCACCCCUCAUAAUCAACAACCGCACAUUUGCUCGCACCCAAUCCUUCGCUGCCACACUCCCAUCUUCCAAAGUCGCCCCCGUGGCCACUCUUGAAGAGGUCUCCGCAGCUUCUAUCAUAAUCACAUGCGUUGCUGACGAUGCUGCCAUCCUGGCCACCAUCGAGUCCAUCCUCUCAUAUUCCCCAUCCCCAACUCUCUUCAUAGACUGCUCUACAGUCCACCCCUCUACCACUGCUUCCAUCUCGUCUCUCGUCACAGCCGCAGGCCACAAGUUCGUCGCCAUGCCUGUCUUUGGAGCGCCAGCAAUGGCAGAUGCAGGAGCCCUCAUCUGCGUCCCGGCCGGCCCGCGCUCCUCUGUCAAGCUCGCCCUCCCCAUUGCCCACGCCGUUGGCCGUGCCGUCAUCGACCUCUCCGAUAAGCCCUACGAGUCUGCGUCGACUCUCAAGAUCAUCGGGAACACCUUCAUUGUCAACAUGGUCGAACAGCUCUCAGAGGGUCACGUGCUGGCUGAGAAGUCGGGGCUGGGAUCUGAGCAGCUACAUAAAUUCAUCGAGGCGAUCUUUCCAGGUGUCUAUACAGACUAUUCAAACCGCAUGAUGACUGGCGUAUACUACACGCGCGAGGAGCCUCUGUUUGCCGUUGAUUUAGCGAGGAAGGAUGCGAGGCAUGCGAUGAACCUGGCGGAAACGGCAGGAACUCGGUUAGAGAAUGUAGAGACAGCGGAUAGGCAUUUGGUGAAGGUGAAGGAGUAUAGCGGGGAGAAGGGGGAUAUAGCGGCGAUUUAUGGCGCUGUGAGACAAGAGGCAGGGUUGCCUUUCGAGAAUCAGAAGAAGGGGGAGUAGAGACGCUGGUGUGAAUGCGGCAUGAUAACUACUAAGACCAAUUGUAGUUUCAACAACCAUGAAAGGGCGCUACGAUUUAGAUACCUUAGAAAUAUGCUAGGAAACAGAGCGCUUGUUGUUGAGUCCACUUCGUCGGUAGAUGACUAAAUUUGAAAGCAACUGAGUUAUCUCGUGCACCCAGAUAAUUAGGGAUAGGACUCUAUAUGCAACCACCAUAGGGGCUCAAAGUGGCUUAUAAACCCUACUGUUUCUUAAUUUUUUCAUAGCAAC